UUUCCUCCUUGCUCCGCGUCUCCAUCCGGGCCAGACCCGGCCAGGAGGUCAAUCGGAAGCCUCCGGCUAGUGGCGAGAGGGAACCCAGGUGUCCGGGCAGUGGGCGCUGAGGAGUCGCUCAAAAGUGGGGCCCCAAGGCUCAGAGCAGCUGGGUAUGGGUACCGAAAAUGAAAGUCCAGAGCCGGACUGCCAGAAGCAGUUCCAGGCCGCAGUCAGCGUCAUUCAGAACCUGCCUAAGAACGGCUCUUACCGCCCCUCCUAUAAAGAGAUGCUGCGAUUCUACAGCUACUACAAGCAGGCUACCAUGGGGCCCUGCCUGGUCCCCCAGCCUGGGUUCUGGGACCCUAUUGGACGUUAUAAAUGGGAUGCCUGGAACAGCCUGGGCAAGAUGAGCAGGGAGCAGGCCAUGUCCGCCUACAUCACUGAGAUGAAGCUGGUGGCCCAGAGGGUGAUCGACACGGUGCCCCUGGGUGAGGUGGCAGAGGACAUGUUUGGUUACUUCGAGCCCCUGUACCAGGUGAUCCCUGACAUGCCGAGGCCCCCGGAGACCUUCCUGAAAAGGGUUACAGGUUGGAAAGAGCAGGUGCUGAAUGGAGAUGCUGAGCCUGCCCCAGAGCCUCCCUGCCUUCCCAAGGAACCAGCGCCCCCAAGCCCAGAGGCCCAGCCACACAGGGGCCAGGACUCUGAGGUUUUCUGUGAUUCCAUGGAGCAGCUGGAGCCUGAUCUGCAGGUUUGUGCAGAGCAGAGGGGCGCCCUGGGAGGAGAGCUCAACACCAGAAACAGCACCAAGUCUCCUGCAGAGAAAGGGAGAUUGGAAGGCACCCUGCUGGGGCCCCAGGAAUUGGACACAUGGCUGGUGGGGACAGUUCGGGCACUGCAGGAGAGCAUGCGGGACGUCCAGGGGAGACUGCAGAGCCUGGAGAGCAUGCCUGUCCCCCGCAAGCAGGGACACAUAUUUGGAUGUCCUACUGUGAAUGAGUCUAGCGUGGACCACUAGCAGGGAUGAAGGGGUGACAGUCUGUUCCCACCACUUGCAGCCAGGGAAUGUCCAGUUCCCCAUCAAGCCCAUUUGACACACAGCUUUUGACAACUGACAGAUGCUCCUUGCCUGGAUCAAUAAUUUAUUUACUGGUUACAAAAAACAAUGUUGACUUUUAAAUUCUAUGAUUCCUUUCACAUUUAUUAGCUGUCAUUUUUCUGUAGCGUUUCCCUGAUCAUCUAGGAUUUCCCUGAAAUACAGUGCCUUAUGGAAGGCAGAAUAAGUGCUUAUUCCUUCUCUUUAAUUCUCUAUUUUGAGAGUAAGGAGUUGAUUUAACAGCCAGCUCAAUAUUUCCACUUUCUCUUUGAGUAUCAUCAUGAACUCAUGGAUUUUAAAGACUCUAUUUCAGUCAACUGCAAUCAUUAUUCUUUUUGAUGCCCAGGCUGUCACAACUUUGGUGGGACCCUUUCAAGCUGGGUCCUAUGUUCUUGUAAUUUGACCUCAUUAAUCUUUAAAAGCUUCCUUGCUUCCUGGUACAAGACAUCUCACAUUCAGUUCUACCUUCCCUGCUCCAGACCUAAAAUCUGCCGCUUCUCCAUUCAGCAGAGAACAGUAUUUAGAAACUAAAAUCUGAGCACCCAGGGUCCUCAUUUGAAAUACGUGGCACGUCCUUACAAUAUGGGGUCUUUGGGCCACACCAACAGGGUCACUGCUUUGUGACCCAGAGGAGACAGCCUCGAAGCCAGUCUCUCCACUCAGCAGCCUCUCCAGCCUUCAGCCUUCUCGGCACCUUGGAGGAGGAUAUGGGAGAGAGUUAGGGCUCAACGUGUCAGGGACAAACUGGGAGCCCCAGUCCUCAGACUGGGGAGAGGGAGGCAGAAGCUCCCACCUGAGCUCUGCAAGCAGGUUGCGAAGGAGGGCCCAGCCUGCGCCGAGGCCCAGGCUGGCUCCUGACUCUCUCCUCUUGGCGGCAGAGGCCUCCGUCCAGUGCCGGGCCUUGGCCCCUCAGGCUCUCUGCUCCCACGCUGCUCUUCUUCCUCCUGUGGCCCUUCAUCGUCCAGUGGCUCUUCCGACAGUUUCGGACCCAGAAGAGGUGACUCUCAAUGGAGGAGUCUCUGCAGCCAACGGAGGAGGCUCUGAGCCUUC